AUGUUUUGUCUCCACAAUCCAUUACAAGAGAGGUCACGUAAACUAGCAUAGCAGUCUGCUCUCUUAACAGAAACAAGCAGUAAACAAAGUUUAUAUUUUUUACGUGUUUCCCUCUGCUUUUUCUUCGGUUGUCUCGAGACAGCGACAUGAGUUCUGCGGCCUCUUCGACGAUUGGGGAGUUGAUUCUCACCCUCACUGAAAUGGGCUUCACAGAAGAACAGAUCCAGGCAGCUGUUCAGUCAGGGCAUUUUUCUGUGACAGAGGCUGCUGAGUGGCUCUUACAGGGUCAUCAUCCACGACACACGCUGGUCAAGCAAUCCUCACAGCCAGCCGAUUCAGCCUUUUCUGCUUUCAAUCCUCCCAAAGAUGUGGCGAGCGCCUCCGUUUCAGACACCCCUGAUGAUGAAGCAGGUCCCUCUUUGGUUCUGAAGCCACCACAGUCACGCAGCGAGUCCCCAGAUCCACUUCCAAUAGAGUCCCGGAUCAAACAAGACAAGAGUGACUUUGAAGAGAAGGAAAGACUGCGUGUUGCUCAGAAAGCCAGAGCAGAAAGAAAACAGAAGAAACAGGAGCGGGAUCUGGUGUUAAAAAGGAUAGCUGAAGACCGCAGGAGCUUGCAAGAGAAAAAUCAUUCCAGUGCUGCUACCGAGGCGCCACCUUGUCAGGGGGAGAAACUUGAAAAAAGGAUUCAGACAAAUACAGAUAGCAACUGCGUCCUCAUGAUUCGGUUGCCUUCUGGUGAGUCCAUGCGUGAACACUUCCCAGCUGAUGCCCCCCUAAAGAGCGUUGUGGAGCACAUCACCGGACGUCACCCUUCCCUACCCUCCUUUUCUCUCCUUCAGGGUUUUCCCCGAAAACGCUUUGGGGAAGCGGAGCUUGCGUGCUCGCUGCGCUCCCUGGGGCUCACGCCUAACGCUGCUUUGUGCAUUCAGACCAAUCCUCCAGAGACGCUUCAGAGUUUGCCCGGUCCUGCAGAACCCCCAGCAGCAAGUCCCAGUGAGCCAUCUCCGUGUGCCGGGCCUCCCGAACCUCAAAUUCCUGAAAAAGUGGCGGCAGGACAGCAGGACCCUCCUUUACCACCACUUCUGCCUAACCAUCUGUGGGAGGAGGCGGUAAACUAUGCAGGAAUGCCUCCGCCUGGACCGUCACAGUCUGGACCUUCUCAUUUUUGGGGUCGAGGACAGAGACUGACUCCAGGUAAUCCAGAAGAGCCUGACAUAGAAGAUGAAGAGGAGCAAAAUGAAGAGGAACAAGUACUUAAUGGAAUUCCCGGGCUGCCGUUAUUUCCGGAGAACAGGAUUCGGCCUGGAUUUGAGCCACGGCAUCACUGGCCUGAGCAAGGAAAUCGACUCAGAGAUGCUCCAGAGGAGAACGCAGAGGACCCUGAGGAUGGGACGGGCCCUGUGGCGCCCGUAGCGGCGGGUCUGGCCGCAGUGGAGCGACUUCAGAGAGCUGCACAGCAGGAGGACCACAGCUCCUCCCAGGGACAACCGUCUCCACCCAAGAGGCCCUUCAGGACACCGAACGUGCCAUCCCUUUGUGCCUUGGCCACUCACGCGGCCGUCCACCUCAUGACCGCUCCUUGCAUGCAGUACAGCAGCAGCCUGGCAUGCUUGACCCCGGAGCUGGUGGAGCUUCUGCUCAACCACAUGGCCCGGGAGAAGCUGCUCCGCCCGCGCACCCUGGAGCUGUUUUUCGGCUGCCCGCUACAGAAGUUUGUCCUAAACUGCUAUCCUUAUUCCACCAACGAGCUCCUGCGACAGUUGCGUGCUUUCACAGCCAUAAAGUACCUGAGUCUGGUCAGCUCUCCCCUCAUCACAGACUCAGGUUUGUCCAUCCUCUCCAACCUCGUCAAACUCCAGUACCUCAACCUGGCCUCCUGCAGUAAACUGACGGACUCCUGCCUGCAGUACAUCACAGGUUUGAAGAGUUUGUGUUUCCUGUCUCUGGAUCAGACCAAAGUGACGGAUGUUGGGAUGGUUUCAUACCUGCAGUCGGCUCCGUCCUGCCUCCAGCAGCUCAGCUUGAACCAGACGGCAGUGACUGAAGCCACGCUGGCGGCGUUGCCCGCCUGCGUCCCACAGCUGCGACUGCUCAGCAUCAAGCAUACGAAGGUGAAAGAUGUAUCCGCGCUGGCGGAGAUGUCCAGUCUCCAGACUCUCAGUGUGGAUGGGACAGGAGUGACAGAGGAGACUCUGGAGAACCUCGCUGCCCAUCCCGCUUUGUCUUCUCUAAGCUUAGGAGGAAUCCCAGUUCAAGAUGGAAAUCGAACCCUUGAAAUAGUCUCAGGUCUGAAGCUGACUCAUCUCACCCUCCCUGGACGCCAUACUGUGACAGACGGCGGGCUGUCCUUCAUUUCCAGGCUGUCUCUGCUGUGCGAGCUGGACUUGACGGACUACACCCACGUCACAGACCAGGGAGUCCGCCAGCUCUCCAGCUUGACUAGGUUGAAGAAGCUGUCACUUAGCAACACACAGGUGACAGACGUGGGUCUUCCCUCCCUGCUUGGCAUGCAGGAGCUGCAGCAGCUCUGUUUGGAUCGAACUGCGGUCACCAGCAGAGGAGUGGCCCAGCUCAUCACGCAGCUGCCGCACCUUCAGGUGUUGGGUCUAGCGAGCACACAGGUGGGCGACACAGUGGUGAGGAAAGGUCUGAUCCUCUGUCAGCAGCUCGUCAAACUCAACCUCAGCCGCACCAGAAUCACAGACCACGGUCUGAAACACCUGAAACGCAUGCACCUGUCUCAGGUAAACCUGGACGGCACCGGCGUGAGCGGGACGGGCGUCGCCAGCCUGCUGUCUCUGACCAACAUUGGCAGCGUUCGGGCCAGCAACACUCGCACCAUCCCGCCAGACGAAGUCUCCGACGAGGACUGAGCGGCCGGAACGCGUUGCUGCUCCGCCGACAAUCACGCAUGGCAAGAUUGGAGCGUAAACCGGAGCCUUUUACUCUAGUCGGAUCCCGUUUUGGGUUAGCUUAGGGACGUCGUACUCACUCGCAUAGAAUGCAGCCUCUUCCGCCUGAUGAAUUUCUCUGCGAUGGUUUGGAGCGAAGCGCUGAAAUAGCUGGUGCAUGUAGAUUGUAAGGCAUGGAUUUGCAGAGUGGUUGCUAGAAAUAUGCUUUUUAAUGUGAGCAGGAGGGAAAGUAAGGCAGUCCUCAGGUUCUAAAGGCAGUUGAAGGUUCUUGUCUGUCAUAACGUCUCCUGUAUUUAGGUUCUGGUUUUCUUUGGCCUCAUGCCUCUCUCCAUCCUAGUUUUGGAUUUUCUAUUCAUUCUGAUCCGUUUUACUUCACUUGUAAUGUGAAAACAAAACCCAAAGAUUCAUCAUCCAAUCACAUUUUCUGAAUUUCUUAAAGGUUAUUUUCUCCUUUUCAUGCAAACAGUCAAAUUAAAGUCUUAAGAAUCUUU